AUGCCCAAAAAGCGUUCCAGGAGUCCUCCCGACGACUUCUGCAUCGACAAGCGCCGUCGCAACAACCUCGCGGCAGCCAAGUAUCGGCAGAAGAAGGUCGACCGGAUCUCCGAGCUGGAGUCCGUGGUGGCCGACGUCACUCGCGAGCGGGACGACCUGAAGCUUCAGCUGGCCAUGAGCAACAGAGAAAUCGAAUUGCUCCGAAACCUUCUGUCGAAGAAGGAGUGA